UUUAGAUUGUCGCUUCCUAAAACCUCUCUCUCUCUCUCUCUCUCUCUCUCUCUCUCUCUCUCUCUCUCUCUCUCUCUCUCUCUCUGACGCUCGCGGACAGAGCAGAAAGCCGCGCUGACAACUCGAGUGGGUUCACAUCCUCAUCACUCGGGUCUUUAAGGGGAGAACGUGAGCAGCCUUCACGCAGACAUUUGAGGAUGUUUUAAUCGUCGCGUGGACCUCCAUUUUUAAAACAUACAGGAGUUAUUCUUGGCUUUAAAAUACUAGAGAAGACUUCUGAAAAAAAUGCUGAUUGGUUGGUGAUGGUUGCAGGGCGGUCACUAGGACGCAGCUGCCUGUCGCAUUUAACAUGGAACGGGAGGGCUCGUUAAGGAGGAGUCUUCAUAGCAAGCUUAGACUGGGCAGCGGCUCAUCCUCCAGUUUGACAGACCUCUCACAGUCAAAAACCUCAGGAGGAGGAGCAGCGGAGAAGAGUGGGACAGUUGGGGCGCUGGCGGAUGACUGCAGCAGGGACAAAGGGACCCAGCAGAGGAGGGCUGGGGCCAACGCUACCUGGAACAGCAUCCACAACGCAGUGAUCUCAGUUUUCCAGAGGAAGGAUCUGGGAGAAAACGAACUCUACACUCUGAAUGAAGGUGUCAGGCAGCUGUUGAAGACAGAGCUGGGCUCCUUCUUCACUGAGUACCUUCAGAAUCAGCUGCUCACUAAAGGCAUGGUCAUACUGAGAGACAAGAUCCGCUUCUAUGAAGGUCAGAAGUUGUUGGACUCUCUGGCUGACACAUGGGACUUCUUCUUCUGUGAUGUUUUAAACAUGCUUCAGGCCAUCUUCUAUCCUGUACAGGGAAAGGAGCCAUCAGUACGUCAGUUGGCUCUGCUCCACUUCAGAAACAUCAUCACCCUUAACCUGAAACUGGAUGAGGCUCUGUCUCGACCUCGAGCCAGAGUUCCCCCUUCUAUCAUACAGAUGCUGCUGAUACUACAGGGAGUCCAUGAAUCAAAAGGUGUAACAGAUGACUACCUGCGUCUGGAGUCUCUCAUCCAGAAGGUGGUCUCUCCGUACCUCGGGACUCAUGGUUUAUAUUCCAGAGAUGGAUCGUCAAACCUGCACUGCUCCUCCUGCUUGUUGGAAAAGCGUUUGCAACGCUCCUGGCCUUCCAAACCAGGCAACCCCCCCAUGGCCAAGAACCCGGUGGUGCGCUCUAAAAGCUACAACGUUCCCAUGCUCACUCCUGUGGUGGAGUAUGAUGUGGACUCCUCCACGGGAGGAAAUGUAGGCAUCAGACGCCACUCAGUGUGUGAGAUGACGUCCUGUGUGGAGGAGACCAGCUCUGUGGCCGGAUCCACCGCCAGUGUUACCAAUAACCCCAGUAACACCAGCACAUCCAGCCUUGCCAACAUUUCCCUGGCUUCCACAGCCUCUGUUACACUUUCAGACACUGUGACCUCCAGCCAGGAACCCCAACCCAGAGGCUCUGACAGCCAUGCAGGUCCCCACCCCCUCCAGCCACAGCAUCACUCCCCCUGCAUCCUCCCUGAGCCCUCCCCAAGCGAAGACACACACUGCACAGGCUCGCUGAUGUUUGACUCCCCUUCGCCCUCCAGAUUGCUGGCUGCAUACACAAGUUCGGGUCCCAGUACAUCAUCCAGUCCGGAGAUGAUGAUGGACCAUAUCUUGGAAUCUUUGGACUCAGAGCCGGAGCAUGACGGCAUCUUUCUGGACUUCUCGAGGCACUGCUCUGGAGGAUCGACGCACAGCAGAGACAGCAAAAGGCAGAGUGUGGCGUGACACAUAUGCACAUACAUAAAUGACGCGGGGACUUGCACACAAUGCUGAUCCAAGACUGAAAUUCCUCAAACUUUGUGAUGUCUCCUGUUGUUUUCUAAGAAGUCCAGAUCAUCAGGGAUUUGUUCAAACUGUCAUAUCUUCCAAUGUGAUGUGAUCAUCUUUCCAAUAUUUAAAUCUGGCACAACAUUUACGGCACAUCAAUCUCUUGACUUACAAGUUAGAUAAAUUAAUAUGUGAGUAGAGCAGACAAU